AUGAAAUGCUAAUAAUGUGAUAGAGUACCUAUUACAUAUUGGUGUUUGGAUAAUAUUUGUGAGAAGAGAUUCGUUUGUGAUUAGUGUAGUAAGUACCAUGGGCAUAAAGAGAAGAUUUCCUAAUAAAUUUAGGUAAUCCAAUAAAACUAGUAUAUAGAAAAAUAAAAUAAAAACAUGGAUAAAAACUUUGUAGAUAACAUUCCUAAAUAUAAUACACAGGACAACCUGUUAUUAAGAAUUCAUAGAAGAAAACUUUAAUUAAUAAGAAAAUUUAGAAGUGCUAAAAAAAUAACAUAAGCUCUAUUUCUAAUUUUUCCAAUCGAAACCUAAAAUCCAACGUGCAAUUCUUAAUUUAAAUAAUUAAUUAAAUGAUAUCCCCAUCUCUAAUAUCCAUAAAUAAGAUGACCCUAAAUAUAUCAAUAAAAUCAAUGUUUGUAAUUAAUAGAAUAUUAUUUUAGGCAAAAAAUUAUUAUAAGAAAAAUAAUUAUUUAAAGCUUAAUAAUAACUUUUUUAAUUAAAUCCUGGAGAAUCUGUAUACUUUUAAAGUAUUUAUUUCAAUGUAGUAUUUAGUUGAAUGUUAUAUACUUCAAAAAAAAUUGGACGAUGCUUUAAAAUUGUCAAAAGAAACUCUAGGUAGGAUACAAGAAAAUAAAUAUUUAGAUUUCAAUUUAUAAAUAUAAUAAGGUUAAUUGUAAAUUCUAAUAUUUAGCUAAAAUUCUACAUAAAUUAAAAAAAUACAAAGAAGCUAUAGAGGUAUUGAAAAAAGUAAAAGAAGAGGAGUUGGAUUAAAUAUAAAAAUAGUUUUAUUAUUUGCAAUAAGGUAAUAAAUUUAAUUAACUCCAAGCAAAAACUUAUUAAAAAAUAAUCCAAUACUAAGGUUUAGGAUUUAAUACAAUCAUGAAUAUAAAUAAUUAAUACAAUUUAAAAAACGGUUCUUAAAUUUAAAUAUCAUUUUUGGAUAGAAUACAAAAAUAAUUAGAGGAGGAAUUUAAAGAUUUUAGUACUUAAAACGAAGAUAAAAAAAAAGAAAUUUUGGAAAAAAAUAAUAAAUAAAAGUACUUUAUUGACAAUUUUUAAUUUAGUUUGGCUAUAGGUAAUGUAAAAUUUUAUUAUAAUAGCUAAAGCGAACCUUCUAAGAAUAAAUAAUGAUGAAUUAUUUUUAUAUGAUAAUAAUUAAAAUUAGCAACAAAAUGACUAAAAUCAAGAAUAAAACAAUUCAAAUUAGCAGCCUAAUUCAUCAAAUCAACAGCAAAUAGUAUAAAAUUAGCAAGUAAUAACUAUUUAUUUAAAUUUAAAUCAGAAAUUCACCCUUUAGGAUAUUGAGCUUAUCUAUAAAGAAGUUUUGAAAGAAGAUGUUCUUAAUCAAAAGGCUCUUUUUGGAUUAAGUAUUUUUAGUAUUAUACUUAGGUUAAAUUUAUAUGAAAUAGAUAAAAUAUGUAGAGGCAAGAGAAAUUUUAUAUCAACUCUGUUAAUUAAAUCCUAAAAAUAGUAAAGCAGGUAAAAAAUUAUUUAAUUUAGAAAUUGGAUUAAUUUACAUCAAACAAAGACUAUUAGAGUAAAAAAUCCAGGAUGAAUUGGACUCUAACUUUUCAUACACGGAAAAUUGCUUAAGUUUUAUUUUCAGAAAUUUUUAAAGGUUUAGUAAUUAAAUUUUUCCAGAACAACAUUGAG